GUCGCGUUAGACGGAUGUAUCUUUAGUUGCGAAUUUUCACGUAAUCGCGAAAAACUUUUGUCGUGUAUACGUUGUUUAGUGCUUUCUUUAAAAAAACUUAAAAUAGUAGCCCAGUUUAAAGUUUUAUUUAGGUCACCAAUGCGGUUUGAAGCGUGACCUUCAGCGACAACAUGAGCCAAUGGUUGCUCAUCCUUACCAUUAUUUUCAUCAAUGUCAAAGAUAUAUCAGGUAGCUGGGAAGAAUGGUGGACCUAUGAUGGCAUAUCAGGUCCUGGUUUCUGGGGUCUAAUCAAUCCCCAAUGGAGUAUGUGCAACAAGGGAAGACGACAGAGCCCAAUCAAUAUAGAACCAGACAAGUUGUUGUUUGAUCCAUGGCUCCGAGAUGUGCAGUUUGACAAACACAAGGUCAGCGGCGUGCUUCAAAACACGGGACAAUCUCUGGUAUUUCGCGUAGAGAAGGACUCAAAACACCAAGUGAACAUCAGUGGAGGUCCGCUGUCAUAUCGAUACCAGUUUGAGGAGAUCUACUUCCACUAUGGCUUGGAAGACAAUAGAGGGUCCGAACAUCAGAUAGACCAUCAUACAUUUCCGGGAGAGAUUCAACUGUAUGGUUUCAACAAGGAACUAUACCAUAACAUGUCCGAAGCACAACAUAAAUCACAAGGAGUCGUUGGAAUUUCUCUAAUGGUUCAGAUUGGAGAACCGACUAACAAGGAACUAAGAAUAAUAACAAGCGCCUUCAAUAAAGUAAUGUUCAGAGGUAGUUCAUACCCAAUCAGAAACCUGCCACUUAGCACUCUAUUGCCCAACACUCAGCAGUACCUCACAUAUGAGGGGUCAACCACUCACCCCGGAUGCUGGGAAACGGCUGUGUGGAUUAUAUUUAAUAAACCUAUUUAUAUAUCUAAACAGGAGAUGUACGCAAUCCGCCGUCUGAUGCAAGGAUCGCAGCUGACACCCAAAGCGCCGCUCGGCAACAAUGCUCGCCCAGUUCAGCCAUUACACCAUCGUACUGUCAGAACUAAUAUUAACUUCAACAAACAGGGACUGCCGGCAUCUAGUAACUGUCCGGAUAUGUACCGCAAUAUGCAUUAUACAGCACGUUAUUCCCGCAAGGCACGAACGAAAAAGAGUGUUGCAUGCAAAAGAAAGAUGUUUUCAAAGAAAACAUGUCACAAAAAAUAGCUACUCAAUGGCCUCGCGAGCACAGCAUGCGAUACCGCAGCACAGAAGAUUUAGCAAUGCUGUCAAUGAUUAAUUAGAAUGUUAACAUAAUUAUUAAAUGUAAAAUCAACCAUAGUGACUCAAACAAUAAAUUAUUUUAAUUUUGCAUUUAACCUACCUUGUAUUAUUCAAACCAUACGUAGCGAAUUAUAAAAUUAUAAAUUAUUAAGCACAAAUUAUUUAAUUCAUAUAAAUUAAAUCAGUCUUAUUACAAUGAACUUUAUGUAUAUAGGUCUAUCGUGAGUUUUGAGUAGAAAGUAUUUGUGUAUCUGCGUCAAAUGCAUGGAAGAACACACUUUUAUAACGUACCGCAGUUUUCAGUGAUUUUCAGUUGUGGUCACCGGGAGAUAUCUUCGUUUGGCGCAUUACUCACUGUAUAUAUUCUUCAUACAAAGUUUUGAGCCAUAUUUAACGAUAGUGUUUUGUUAAAUUUACGGUAGACCCUGGCGAAAGAGAAUUACUGUUGCCAUGGUAACCGUUGAAAUAUGGAAAUAGCAACAAGCACGUUAAUAAUUAAUAAUGCUUUAAUCGAAGUGCACUGAUUUAGUUUCUAUGAAUGUCUAUUAGGUCUAAUGUAUAUUGAUGUAAAUAAUUAUGGAAAUGACGUCAUAAUUCGUCCAUAUUACAUACAAUUAAAGCUUUAAAAAUUCUUAAAACCGUGGCCAAUUUUGUUGUCGUUAUAUUUAAUAGUCCAUAGAGACCGCAAUGCUACCAGAUAGCAUGUAGGUACUUAAUACCUUUUGGAAAUUAGAAGUCUGUUAUCUGUCAAUUUUAAUAUUUAGUAAUAUUGAGCUGUUUAGCAAUGCUUCAUAUGAUAAAAUAACUUCCUAACUUCUGAAUGGUCUGAACUUGCCAACCACAUAAUAUGUUGUACAUACUCGUACUAUGUAAAAGAUAUUGUAAUGAUCAAUUUUCAAAUUUAAUAAAGGGUCAAACUGUGUAUCCGUCUUUUAUAUUAAACUGGCUAAAACUUGAGCAAAAUUUCUCUGGACCAAAAAUGAUCUAAUAUCUAAAACUUAUUGUAUUUUAAUACAUUUAAGCAAUUUAUUUGGCGAUCUCUGCUUGGACUAUUAAGGUUUUCCCUAUUUUAUGAGAAAUGUAAAAUAUAUGUACACAAAGAAGCUUAUGAUUAGUAAUAAAUUAUAACCUUUAAUAAAUAAAAUUCGAUGUAAAAAUAGUUCCAAGCGUAUAAUUAUGUACAGUUCAUCUUAUAGUCUUGCUUAAAUAAGAAUAAUAUUCACAUUCUAGAAAUAGUAGGUCAUAGAUGCUGUUUCCGUGUAAAAUAAAAUAUUUACGACAAA